GCCGCCGCCGCGUCCUCUCAGCCUUGCGCUCCGCCCGCUGCCUCUGCCGCCGCAGCCCGGCCCAGGAGCGCAGAGCCCGGGACACUGGCCCGGUAGCGUACCCACCUUCGGGCCGCGUGCCGGCUGCAGCCCGCAUGGGGGGCCACUAAGAGCGGGCACUCCUUCGCUCUGGCACCUCCCCCGGCCACUGGCCACUGGACUCCGGCCAGCGAGCCUCGGGCACCUCUGGCCCCCAGUCCGGCGCCUGGCACGGCCCUCCGCUCUGCCCCUCCGCCUCUGAGCAUCGUGUCCCCGCCCCCCCCGCCCGCGCCUGGGACACCUGGGUCCCCCGGCGGCCCCGAGGAGAGGGGCGGGGGGGGGGGCAUGAAGCCGCUGGAGAAAUUUUUGAAGAAGCAGACGUCGCAGCUGGCGGGGCGAACGGUGGCGGGAGGUCCCGGCGGAGGUCCGGGGAGCUGCAGCGGGCCUGGAGGGGGUGGUGGACCUGGUGGGGGCGGCGGUCCAGCCGGGGGACCGCGGCCGCUGCAGCGGCGUCAGAGCGUGUCUCGCCUGCUGCUCCCAGCUUUCCUCCGGGAGCCCCCCGCCGAGCCGGGGCUGGAGCCGCCCCUUGAGGAGGAAGGUGGAGAGCCGGCGGGGGUCACGGAGGAGCUAGGUAGCGGGGGGCCCUGCUGGCUGCAGCUAGAGGAGGUGCCGGGGCCCGGGCCGCUCGGGGGAGGGGGGCCCCUGCGCUCCCCGUCCUCGUACUCCUCAGAUGAGCUGUCCCCGGGUGAGCCCCUGACUUCCCCGCCCUGGGCCCCGCUGGGCGCCCCCGAGCGGCCGGAGCAUCUUCUGAACCGGGUUCUGGAGAGGCUGGCCGGAGGGGCCACAAGGGACAGUGCUGCCUCAGAUAUCCUGCUGGAUGACAUCGUCCUCACCCAUUCUCUCUUCCUCCCCACGGAGAAAUUUCUGCAGGAGCUACACCAGUACUUUGUUUGGGCAGGAGGCAUGGAGGGCCCUGAGGGGCUGGGCCGGAAGCAGGCGUGUCUAGCUACGCUCCUUCAUUUCUUGGACACCUACCAGGGGCUGCUGCAGGAAGAAGAGGGGGCUGGCUGCAUCAUCAAGGAUCUGUACCUGCUGAUUAUGAAGGAUGAGUUCCUUUACCAGGACCUCCGAGAGGACACACUGAGGCUGCACCAGCUUGUGGAAACAGUGGAGCUAAAGAUCCCAGAGGAGAGCCAGCCACCCAGCAAGCAAGUGAAGCCACUUUUCCGCCACUUCCGCCGGAUAGACUCCUGUCUGCAGACCCGAGUGGCAUUCCGGGGCUCCGAUGAGAUCUUCUGCCGGGUCUACAUGCCUGACCACUCUUACGUGACCAUACGCAGCCGCCUGUCAGCGUCUGUGCAGGACAUUCUGGGCUCUGUGACUGAGAAAUUGCAGUACUCGGAGGAGCCUGCAGGGCGUGAGGAUUCCCUCAUCCUGGUAGCUGUGGCCUCCUCAGGAGAGAAGGUCCUUCUCCAGCCGACUGAAGACUGUGUCUUCACCACGCUGGGCAUCAACAGCCACCUGUUUGCCUGCACCCGGGACAGCUAUGAGACCCUGGUGCCCCUCCCGGAGGAGAUCCAGGUCUCCCCUGGAGACACAGAGAUCCACCGAGUGGAGCCUGAGGACGUCGCCAACCACCUUACCGCCUUCCACUGGGAGCUGUUCCGAUGUGUGCACGAGCUGGAGUUCGUGGACUACGUGUUCCACGGGGAGCGCGGCCGCCGGGAGACCGCCAACCUGGAGCUGUUGCUGCAGCGCUGCAGCGAGGUCUCGCACUGGGUGGCCACCGAGGUGCUGCUCUGCGAGGCCCCGGGCAAGCGCGCGCAGCUGCUCAAGAAGUUCAUCAAGAUCGCGGCCAUCUGCAAGCAGAACCAGGACCUGCUAUCCUUCUACGCCGUGGUCAUGGGGCUGGACAACGCCGCGGUCAGCCGCCUGCGGCUCACGUGGGAGAAGCUGCCAGGGAAAUUCAAGAACUUGUUCCGCAAAUUUGAGAACUUGACAGACCCCUGCAGGAACCACAAAAGCUACCGAGAAGUGAUCUCCAAGAUGAAACCCCCUGUGAUUCCUUUCGUGCCUCUGGUCCUCAAAGACCUGACUUUCCUACACGAGGGGAGUAAGACCCUUGUGGAUGGCUUGGUGAACGUUGAGAAGCUGCAUUCAGUGGCUGAAAAAGUGAGGACAAUCCGCAAAUACCGGAGCCGGCCCCUUUGCCUGGAUAUGGAGGCAUCUCCCCAUCACCUGCAGACCAAGGCCUAUGUGCGCCAGUUCCAGGUCAUUGACAACCAGAACCUUCUCUUCGAGCUCUCCUACAAGCUGGAAGCUAACAGUCAGUGAGAGCAGAGGUUCUGGUCGGCCCCCCACCAGGGUCCUCGGGCACCUGGCACUCAAGCACUUUGUAUGAUGUUCCAACCCACCUCUGACAUCUUUCCCCUGGAGCAGCUUCCCACCCCACGGGAAGGAGUUGGGUGCACUUACCCCUGGACUCAUAAGCCUGUUCAUCCUGCUGAAGUCCUCUCCCGCUUGCUCCUUCAAGCCAAAACCACACUCUGCUGGUUCCUGCCCUCCUAGGGAAAGGGGGCAGAGAGCUCCUUCCUCUGUCCCCUCCCAUCAAGGUCUGUUCCGGAGAUGGAGUUUCCAACCUCCUCUUCCCAGACAGGAAGGAAAGCUGCCUACCCUCCCGUCUCACAGAGCAGAAUUAUGGGAGGGGUUGGCAGCUUUUUUCUCUGCCACCUGUCCACCAUCUCCCUGGUCAGGACUGGGAUCCCUAGAUGUACCCCCUGAAUAUUAUAUUGCCCUUCUGUCUGUGUGUGUAUGUGCGUGUGUCCCCUUUUAAGGAGCAGGAGUGCAUCUGGUAAUUGAGGGAGGGUGUUGUGUGUGCUGGAGGGAGAGGUCCUUCUGUUUGGUGCUACCCUUGUCUCCUCUGCCCCUGGGACAGUACGGGGUGCUUUCCCCACCCACACCACUCCCUGCUCAGCACCUCUGCUGCCCUGCAUGCCCAGGCUUGUGGGUGAAGCUGCUCGUGAGGGCAGGAGCAGCCGCAGGUAGGAGGGGUUACCCAUCUGCCCUUGUGAGUCCGCCACUCAGGCCUCCUGAAGGUCCCUGGGUGGGCUCCCAUGAGAGGGUAAAAGAUGCUCAGGGAAACACAGGCCUAAGCUGCCUACUGGACCCUCCCUCUGCGUUGCAGUGGGAUAGGGUGUGGUGGUAUCAGGAGUUAGGGGUGCAUGCUGCCCACACUCCUGCUUUUGGGGUAUAUCACUGCUAAGAAGGGAGUUGUCACCCCCUUCUGGCUCUUGCGUCGGACACCAACAACAUGGUCUCCAUCCUUCUCCCUGUCUAGACUCCCCCUUUGUCCUCCCCAUCAGAGCUGGGGUAGGGCAGACCCCUGUACCUGGACCCCGGUACCUGGGGAGGGCAGCCCCCAAAAGUAGGUGGAGGGAACAGCGGAGACUGUAAAGGCAAAAGUGGACGCUGGUGAUGCCCUUAUUACCUCUCUGUCUCCCUUCCCUCUCCCAUCACAGGCCUCCAGGGCUGAGAGGCACAGGGGCUCCUGGCAGCUACUAGGUGGGGUUUCCUGGCACAGCCUCACCCUCCUCUCUGGCACCACCUCUUUCCCUUCUGAAGAGGCAGCAGCAGCAGCAGCAAAAGCAGCUGCUGCUCCUGCUCUGGAGGUGUAUAUAUUUUUUACUAAAAGCUCUGGAAUUGUAAAUUUAUUUUUUAAAACUCGAAGAGAGAAAGAGCCUUGUAUCAUAUGUAAACAAUGUAUCAUAGGUUAUGUUGUACAGUCCCUUUUAUACAGCGGUCUGUCUUGUUCCUGCUGCAGAAAAUGUCUGUGGACUCCCCACCCCCCCCACCCAUACAGACACAGGCGCUGUGUCUCAUCCUCUCCAUCCCCUGUAGACAGUGACCAUGGCCUCCCUCCUGCUCCCCACCUCCUCCCUGCAACUGCUAAUGCGACCCCCUCUCCCUGCAGCCGCCCUUCCUCCCGACCCCUCUCAGCAGCCUUCUCACUCCAGCUCCCACAGCCCUCCUUGAACACUGGGCCCACUGGGCCAGUCUUGGCUGCUGCCCACCCCUAGCCUUGAUGCCUGUCUUGCUGCCUCCUAGGGG